AGAGAGAGCAGAACAGUGGUUGCCAGGGGCUGGAGGAUUGAGGAAGCAGGUGACUGCUUACUGGGAACAGGGUAUAAGGAAGGAAAAAUAAUUUUCCCUCUACCUUUCGUUCUUAGGUGAGACAUAGCCCUGUAAGCAAAGACUUAUCAAGAAAAAAAACCAAAGAAAUUUAUUAACAUGUAUACUUCAUGUAUACAUAGGCAAUACCCUGAGAAACGAGUCAUUCUCAAAGAAGUGUUAAGUUUGGAACUCUGGCUCACACGGCAAAUUCGGCACAGAACGGUACAUUUUUGGAGAUGUGACAGGACAAAAGGAAAGGACUUUGAGUCUCUAAGGACAGCAAAUUGGGGGAAGGCAGAUAAAUGCAGACAACGCAAACAGGAAAACUACAAAAAAUUUCUCCUUGAACUACUGCUGCUAACAGAUGGUCACGCCGCCGCGGGACAGAACGCAGCAAGCUCCGAGGAUGAUCAGCCUGGGUCCACAGGCCCAGGGAGCACACACGUGGCGACCCCACAUUUGCAAACGCGGUUGCUCCCCGCAGCGGACAAAAGCCAAGCCCGGGACAAAGGGCCGCGGCCGCGCCUGCGCACACCGAGCGAGGCCUUACCCCGCCCCCUGGCGCGGCGCGCUGACGUCACGGCGGAGUUGCCAUGGCGUCGCUGAGCGGCCUGGCGUCGGCGCUGGAGUCGUACAGGGGUCGCGACCGCCUGAUCCGAACUCUGGGGUACUGCUGCCAGCUGGUCGGUGGGGUCCUGGUCGAACAAUGUCCUGCCAGUUCCGAAUUGGGGACACGCCUGCUGGCCGUGUCCACCCAGCUCAGCCACUGCAGGACUGUCCUACGACUCUUUGAUGACCUGGCCAUGUUCGUCUACACUAAGCAGUACGGCCUGGGGGCAGAGGAGGAGGACGCCUUUGUGCGCUGGACGUCCGUGCUGGGCAACCUGGCCGACCAACUCUACUACCCCUGCGAGCACGUGGCCUGGGCCGCCGACGCCAACAUCCUCCACGUGGACUCCUUCCGGUGGUGGACGCUGAGCACAACCUUCUGGGCCCUCUCCCUGCUCCUGGGGGUGGCCAGGUCCCUGCGGGUGAUGCUGAGGCUGCGGCAGACGCUGCGGAGCCCCGCGGUGGCCUUCACCAGCCGGCUGCCGCGGAGCAAGCGGAGGGCCGUGGCGACGCAGAUGCAGCUGGAGGCGCUGACGCUGCUCAGCAACCUGGCCGACCUGGCCAACGCCGUGCACUGGCUGCCGCGGGGCGUCCUGUGGGCCGGCCGCUUCCCGCCGUGGCUGGUGGGCCUCCUGGGCACCGUCUCCUCGCUGCUCAGCGCGUACCAGGCGGCCCAGGCCGACGCCCCCACCCCCUGACCCCGACGGAGGGCCGCUUCCCGCAGAGCAAGGGUCACCAGGGCAGGGGCCCUUGUGAGCCCCCCCAGGGCCUGGUGUGGGCCCACUGGGGGGUGCGUCUCUCUGUGCCACCGGGGAGGACCCCGGUCUCCUGAGAGCAGCAGCCCUGCUGUGGCCGCCGGGGCCUCCGCAGCGCCUGCCGUCCUGCCAUCCUGCGGCUUCGUCUCGUGCCCGGACAGAGGCCAACAGGAGCGACCGCACAAGCGUCGUGCCACGGGAAAGCUGAAACGAGAAUUGAUUAAAUAGCGCGGUGCUGGGCCGGGC